CGGCUCCUCGGCCUCUCUUAUUGCCGCUGAGUUGCGCUCCUCUUCCUCAGGCUGCGAGCAGGAGCCGCCCGGUCGCUUCCUCCUUCCCCGGCCGGCCGGGAGCCCCUGCGGCGGCAGCGCGCUCGCUCGCCCGCCUCCCGCCGGGGCAGAGCACGCCCGCCCCGUCUCCCGGAGCCCGCCCGGCAGAGCGCUCCCGAGGUGCCAGCAGCCGCCAGGAUUUUUGUCUGUCUUGUUUGUGUGUUUGGGGUUUUUUUUUGUUUGUUUGUUUGGUUUUUUUCCUCCCUCGUUUUCAUUUGGCUUUCUAGUCUCUCUGGGAAUGGCAGGGGCAACGGCGCCUGGAGAAGGAACAAGUGUGGGGAAAGGGAGAGGGAGCCGGAGCUAAAUGACAGGAUGCGGGCGACUUGAGGCACAGAAAGAAGCGGCCCUCCCUCUGCCCCCGGGACUGCCCUUGCGGACCGUGCUUUCCGCUCCUGACUCCGCUGGAGGAUUUCAGACCCAGGAAGACUUGUGCGUGGAGGGCAUUUUUUUUUUUUUUUUCCUCCUUUCCCUGCUGUCGGAAGGGAAAAUGGAUUGGGGACUUCUCCUGCACUGUGCAGCCCUCACCUUCACCCUCGCCAGGGCUCUGCGAAGCGAUAAGUGCGGCGACACGAUCAAAAUUUUAAACCCCGGGUACCUCACCUCUCCCGGCUACCCCCAGUCCUACCACCCCAGCCAAAAAUGCGAGUGGCUGAUCCAGGCUCCGGAGCCCUACCAGAGGAUCCUCAUCAACUUCAACCCCCACUUCGACCUGGAGGACCGCGACUGCAAGUAUGAUUAUGUUGAAGUGAUUGAUGGAGAUAAUCCUGAAGGACGCUUAUGGGGAAAGUACUGUGGAAAAAUUGCUCCCCCUCCUUUAGUGUCUUCGGGACCAUAUCUUUUUAUUAAAUUUGUUUCCGACUAUGAGACACAUGGAGCAGGAUUUUCUAUCCGUUACGAAGUUUUCAAAAGAGGACCUGAAUGUUCCAGAAACUUCACUUCAUCAAGUGGAGUGAUAAAGUCCCCUGGAUUCCCUGAAAAAUAUCCCAAUAGCCUUGAAUGCACUUAUAUUAUCUUUGCACCAAAGAUGUCAGAGAUUAUACUGGAAUUUGAAAGCUUUGAGCUAGAACCUGAUUCAAAUACUCCAGGGGGAGCAUUCUGUCGCUAUGACCGAUUGGAAAUCUGGGAUGGAUUCCCUGAUGUUGGCCCGCACAUAGGGCGUUAUUGUGGGCAGAACAACCCAGGACGUGUCCGCUCUUCAACAGGGAUUCUUUCAAUGGUAUUUUACACCGACAGUGCAAUAGCAAAAGAGGGAUUCUCAGCAAACUACAGCGUGUCACAGAGCAGUGUAUCAGAAGAUUUCCAGUGCAUGGAACCACUAGGUAUGGAGUCAGGAGAAAUUCACUCUGAUCAAAUCACUGUCUCCUCCCAGUACAGCGCUAUCUGGUCUUCAGAAAGGUCCCGGCUAAAUUACCCUGAGAAUGGAUGGACCCCAGGGGAAGAUUCUAUCAGAGAAUGGAUACAGGUAGAUCUAGGCCUUCUCCGCUUUGUUUCUGGAAUUGGGACUCAAGGAGCCAUCUCAAAAGAAACAAAGAAAGAAUAUUAUCUGAAAACAUACCGUGUAGAUGUCAGCUCCAAUGGAGAGGACUGGAUUACACUGAAGGAGGGAAACAAGCCUGUUGUGUUUCAAGGGAAUAGCAACCCCACUGAUGUUGUUUACAGACCUUUUGCCAAACCAGUUUUAACACGGUUUGUGCGAAUUAGACCUGUGUCUUGGGAAAAUGGAGUAUCACUGAGAUUUGAAGUUUAUGGCUGCAAGAUAACAGAUUAUCCUUGCUCUGGGAUGCUGGGGAUGGUCUCUGGACUCAUUCCUGACUCUCAGAUUACUGCAUCUACUCAAGUCGAUCGAAACUGGAUCCCAGAAAAUGCUCGCCUUAUAACAAGCCGUUCAGGUUGGGCGCUGCCACCAACUACUCAUCCAUAUACAAAUGAAUGGCUUCAAAUUGAUCUUGGUGAAGAAAAAAAAGUGAGGGGCAUAAUUGUCCAAGGAGGCAAGCACCGAGAAAACAAAGUGUUCAUGAAAAAAUUCAAAAUUGGCUACAGCAACAAUGGAUCAGAUUGGAAAAUGAUCAUGGAUUCCAGCAAGAAAAAGACAAAGACUUUUGAAGGCAACACCAACUAUGACACGCCUGAACUGCGGACUUUUGAACCUGUAUCAACGAGAUUCAUCCGCGUCUACCCUGAGAGAGCCACACACGGAGGACUGGGGCUGCGAAUGGAGCUGCUGGGCUGUGAACUUGAAGCUCCUACGGCUGUCCCUACCGUUUCCGAAGGCAAACCCGUGGAUGAGUGUGAUGAUGACCAGGCAAACUGUCACAGUGGCACAGGUGAUGACUACCAACUGACAGGUGGUACUACAGUGCUGAAUACAGAAAAGCCAACAGUAAUAGACAAUACAUUACAACCAGAGCUGCCACUGUACAACUUCAACUGUGCCUUUGGCUGGGGAUCCCAAAAGACUUUGUGCCACUGGGAGCAUGACAACCAGGUGGAUUUAAAGUGGGCAAUCCUGACCAGCAAAACUGGGCCAAUUCAAGACCACACAGUAGGAGAUGGCAACUUCAUUUACUCACAAGCUGAUGAAAGCCAAAAAGGGAAAGUCGCCCGACUGCUGAGCCCCAUGAUUUACUCGCAGAACUCUGCUCACUGCAUGACUUUCUGGUACCACAUGUCCGGCGCACAUGUUGGCACCCUGAAGAUCAAAUUGCGGUACCAAAAGCCAGAUGAAUACGAUCAGGUGCUGUGGACCCUGAGCGGGCACCAGGCAAACUGCUGGAAGGAAGGACGUGUUCUUCUUCACAAGUCUGUGAAACACUAUCAGGUGGUUAUAGAGGGAGAAAUUGGAAAAGGAACUGGAGGAAUUGCUGUGGAUGAUAUUAAGAUUGACAAUCAUGUAGCACAAGAGGAUUGCCGAAAAUCAACUGAUGUGGAGAAUGAAAUAGAUGAAGAAGAAGACCCAGAAAGUAAUCAAACAGGAUUUACGCCCCCAUACCAUACAGGCGAAGACUACGAUGAUAUCUCCAGGAAACCAGGCAACGUCCUGAAGACCCUAGAUCCAAUCCUUAUCACCAUUAUAGCCAUGAGUGCACUCGGGGUGCUUUUAGGAGCCAUCUGUGGAGUUGUCCUGUACUGUGCCUGUUGGCACAAUGGGAUGUCAGAGAGGAACUUGUCUGCACUGGAGAACUACAAUUUUGAACUGGUCGAUGGUGUAAAACUGAAAAAAGAUAAACUAAACACACAGAAUUCAUACUCGGAAGCAUGAAGGUAUAAAGCGACUGGAGAAGUUUCAGAGAAUCGGGAUGGAAGGACAUAGCUCGGUCGUGCUGGGGAACUGUUGAUCUUCUUUUACUGUACAGGCUGAAAAGUGCAUUGAUGACACUGAGCCAAGCUUUUCUCAGGAGCUUCAAUGAGUGUGUAACCGAUAAACAUGGACAACAAUCUGUGUUAACAAUCUGAAUCAUGUACAGUCUGCUUUUUCUGUUGGUUUUAUUUGAAAUAAUCAAAUGCUGGUGUUGAGACCAAGUAUGAUUGACUUAUAGUUCAUUUUGUCUUUCUUUCUCUCCCUCUCUUGUUUUCCGUUAAUGGAUAAUUUUGGUUUUACUGUGCAAAAUCCAAGAUGCUGUCACAAAAUGUAUUCAGUGGGGUCCUUUGGAUGGACAUGCUGUCUGUAGCUCAGUGCCCAGAAAAUAUUGGAGUAACAGCAAUUUAGUGGACUCCUGCACCUGUAUUUGUGUAUAAUUGCUAGUGUUGUGCAUAGGCAAAGAAGGGUUAGGAUGUUUUUGAAAGUACUGCUGCAUCAGUACCGAUAUAGUGUGUCAGCUCUGUUUACGAAGCAAUACAGUCAAAUUUUAUUGAUGUUUUUCAGUGUUGUACUAAAUUUUGUGCUUGUGAACUCCAUAAAAGAGUAUGUGCCAUCAUCAGACACAACUGGUAACCGAGUGUACUGCCUAAAAACUAAACAAAAAAGUCCUUGGCACUGGCUAGUGUAUGUCCUCUCAAGUGCCUUUUUGUUUGUACUGCUUCUUAUUGUGUUAACAUUAACUACAGCUCUGCUUCUCUGCAGUUAUGCCCUUGUCUUUAAUCAUAUUCUGAUGGCUCACUGACUAAAAGAAAAUUAUAUUUUAGUGUAAGAAAGUAGCCUCAGCAAGGCAAGGGCUAAUCAGAUUUAACAACCUGGCUCGAUUGUUCUGCUUUCUGUAUUCCAACUUCAUGUCUCUUGACCCUUUUGUAUAAAGCUGCAAUAUCUCCUUUUAUUGUUCUUUCAUAUAGAAUGUAUUUUCAAAUGUAAAAUGUCUCUCCCUUUCUCUUCUCUUCCUCUCUCCCGUUCUCUCUCUAAGUAGAUUGCAUAAGCAUUUGCCAUUGCCAAGGAAAGAAAACUGCAGCUUUAACUUGCUGGUAAUGGCAAAGGAUUUUAUUAGAGUUUGUGUUUAAAAAUAAGGGAAAAUUCUUAACUUUACCCUCCAAAGUAGAACUUUGGGUUUCUUCUUAACAGCAUAAAGUGACAGUAUCUUUUUUCCUGAAGUCAUGAAACACGUCUUUUAUCCUGAACAGUUUGCCUGUUAAUUACACCAGGGAAAAUGAUUUGCUAACGGAAAAGAUUGCCUUUAAAAUGAGAAACUUUCCUCCUCCUGCCCCUACCUGAACCCAGAGUUCUGUUCUCUCAGUAAACGUGUAUUUUCAUGCUAAUCAAUGCUAAUUGGGCAUACACAUGGGUACUGAGGGCAGAAUAAAAUCCCACAGUGUAUGUAGGGUAUGUUCUUACCCUGUUGUAUCCAAUUGGCAUUUCAUACCAGGAGGUUUCUGUUUGACCAGAAGUCAGAUAGUGGCAGGGUCAGGUCAGUGAGUAGUGUAAGCUGUUGGACAAAUGUGUUUGACAAUUAUGUGGCAAUUUUUUAAUAUUUUAGGACAAAUAUUCAACAGCCUGUGCAGCUGGUCCAACAAGAUUUUGUUGCCCUCAGGGGUCCAUAGGAGAAGGCGAGGGGCCAGCAGGAUCAUUCCCCUUCUGCAGGUGCGAGGGGACCCCCUGGCUUUUCUGCAGUGACCCACGCACAGCACAGCCAUAACCAGGGAGGCAGUAGAAGGCAGCUUUAACCUUCCCCUGGGUAGCUACUAACCAGCAGGAAAAACCAGUGCAAACAUGGGGAAAGGAACAUCCUGCAAAGUGCUAAACUCAUGUUUUUCCUCACUGAAUUCCCUGAGCAGAGUCAGGGAAGUGAUUGUGACUUUCUGAGUUAGCCUUUUCACUCAUUCAGCCUUGAGUUAGUAGAGCAACUAAAUCCACUCCUAUUUAUCAAUUAAAUGGUUGCAAGCAUAUCAUUUCACCAAUAUGAAUCAUAAAACAGAAAAACCCGUAGAAAAUCCACCAGUAACCUAGGAAUUGAAGAAAAGGGAGGGAGACUGGAGGUAAAAAUAUGAGUUUGGAAAUUGAAAAUAUUUUGAAGAAAGACCCAGUAGAAAGAAUAGUGGACAGUUGCUACUUCAAAGGAAUCCUAAAGGCAGAGACUAUAGUGAAUAUUCAAACACCCAUUUAGAUGCCUAAAUUGAAAAAGUUACCUCCCCAGGCUCUAGGCCCUGGGUCCUCCAGAAGCUAGGGCAGAGCCUAAGGCCUGAAAGUUAGGCGUAAAAGUUAGUCCAUUAAAUGUCCCAAGUGACAAACUCACUUUGGCAGAGGCAGAAUUUUCAGUUGUAUCCAACAGUGAAAUGUGACCAUAAUAGUAUCACAGCAGCUACUUAAUUAACCCAAAGAAAAAAUUAAUUCUUCAAAACUAUUUUCAGCACGCUACCACCGUGUGAUUCAGGUGUUAGGAUCUGUUCUCCUUAGCUGAGAGAAAUUCUAGUCCACUAACCUGACAGAGUUACAUGCAUAUAUUGCCUUGAAGAGAAAAUCCCAUUGGGGAGCCCAAGUCCAAAAUCUUUUGAAAUACUCCCGUGGAUUUCAAUUGAUUCUAGGCCAGCUUUUGGUCGUGGUCUAUUUGAACAGUAAAGCUGGUGGUUGGUGGGUUUUUUCCCUCUUUUAACGUACUGAGAGUAGCGAACAUAAAAAGAAAUAUAUCUCCUUUGUGGUCUUCAGACCUUACUAUGAUAAUGAGGUUCUAGCACUGAAGAUUUUAUUUCUCUGAAGGUAACAGAAUGAAAGUUGCCCAUCAAAUAAGGAAAAAUGAUACUGCAACUUUACAUUGAAAAGUAUCUUGCACUGAUAAAUAUAUUUAAAAAAAAUUAUAUGUUUAUAAAGUUAUUAAUUUGUAAAGGCAGUGUUACAAAAUGUUCAGUUUAUAUUGUUUUAGAUUGUUUCAUAAUUUUUAAAGUGUAAAAUAACAUAUUUUUUUCUUUAUUGAAAAACUAUAAGAAUCUUCUGUAGUAAAAUGAUUUCAUUUUACUGGUAUAUUAUUGCUUCAUGUUUUGUACCAUCAUAAAACUUUGUGCAAAUUUUUUUUACAGAAAUUUUUAUUUUCUAUGACAAUAUGACACUUGUAAAUUGUUGUUUCAAAAUGAACAGCGAAGCCUUAACUUUAAAUGACAUUUGUAUUCUCAGACACUGAGUAGCAUAAAAAAAACACAUAGAACUGAACUGUAACUUAAAUUUCCAAACUAUGACUACUACAUUCCAAAGAAACAGUUGAAUUAAACAUUUUCAUAAAAUAUCCCAUACCUGAUGUAUUUUAUUAUACUAAAAUGGAUUGAUUUUAUUAAAUGGCUGGUUUUAUUUA